AUCUUCUCUUCCAGGUCCCACAGCCCACUUGUAUUCACCAUGGGUGAAAUGGCGCGUCAGGCGAAACUCCUCCAGAUCGAAGACUAUGGGCUCAUCGGGGAUAUGCGAACCUGCGCUCUGGUUGGGAAGAAUGGGAGCAUUGACUUCAUGUGCUGGCCUCACUUCGACUCCCCAUCUAUCUUCGCCAAUGUCCUUGACACCACCGAUGGUGGGGGCGGGCACUGGAAAAUCAGCCCGCAAAGCAGCACCGUGUGCAAACAGAACUACCGAGCAUCUUCCAACCUUCUCCAGACGAAAUGGAUUGACGAAGACGGCGUGGUCAAUCUCACCGACUUCUUCGCCGUGUCAAAGCAUAACAAAGUCCUGCGAGAGAAAUGGAGCGGUUCGACCUUGGUGAGGAAGCUGGAGUGCGUCCGUGGAAAGAUGUCCAUCGAUAUCGAACUGUGUCCCCGACCCGAUUACGCGCGAGACCAGGGCUCCAUGAGGGCCUCCGAGGUCAAGGGUGAAGACGGCACCCAUCACCAGACACUGACUUGGGUUCCCGACGACCCCGGCAGGGAGGGAUCUGCCGACAUCCCAGAAUUCCACGCCACAUACUGCACCCACGACCGGCCGGUUAGCUCGCCACCAAAGAUGUUCCAACCCCUCAAGCUCGGCGAAACUGCUUCCACCGACAGCAAGACGCGGUUGUUCCGCGCCCGCUUCGACCUCCAAGAGGGCCAGCAAAUCUUCAUGAUCAUGUGCAACCGGCACGUCGCUCCCCACCUCACGAAGGACCUUGUGAUGAACCUCGAAAACGACGCCUACAAGUUCUGGACGAGCUGGGUGCGCGCGUGCCAAUAUCGUGGGCGCUUCCAGCAAGAGGUCGAGAGGAGCAUGCUCAUUCUCAAACUGCUUACCUAUGACCCUACGGGGGCGAUUGUCGCGGCGCCGACCUUCUCGCUGCCAGAGGCCAUCGGCGGGCCGCGGAACUGGGACUACCGCUACUCCUGGGUCCGGGACGCCAGCUUCACGGUCUAUGUGUUCCUCAAGAUGGGCUUCCCCGCCGAGGCCGAAGCAUAUAUCAACUUCAUCUUCGCCCGCAUUGCCGAGUGGCGCAAGAAAGCCGAGUCGUCGGCCGAGGAGAGGCACCAUCUCCCUUUGAUGUUCGGCAUCGAUGGCUCCACGUGCCUGCCAGAACUCACGCUCGACCAUCUCGGUGGGUAUCAAGACAGCGUGCCGGUCCGCAUCGGCAACGCCGCCACCGACCACGUCCAACUCGACAUCUACGGCGAACUCAUGGACUCCAUCUACCUUUUCAACAAGCACGGCAAGCCCAUCUCGUACGCCCAGUGGCUCGACAUCCGCUACCUCACCGACUUCAUCUGCGAGAUCUGGACCGAACCAGACAUGUCCAUCUGGGAGGUCCGCGGCCGCAAGCAGCAUUUCACCUACUCCAAAAUCCUACUGUGGGUUGCCGUGGACCGCGCCCUUCGCCUCUCGGAGAAGAGAAAUUUCCCUUGUCCGAACCGCAAUAAAUGGAUGGAGACAAGAGACACGAUCUACGAGGAGGUGAUGCAAAAGGGCUUCAACUACCAGAUGAAUUGCUUCGUGCAGAGCUACGAGUCAAACACGACGUUGGACUCCGCAGUGUUGAUUGCGCCUUUGGUGUUUUUCAUGAGUCCCAAUGAUCCGCAGUUCGUGGGCACAUUGGACCGGAUAUUGCGCACGCCGGAGAAAGGUGGCCUUACAAGCGCCGGGUUUGUGUUUCGGUACGACCACGAGCAGACUGAUGAUGGCGUGGGCGGCCGCGAGGGCACAUUCGUGAUGUGCACAUUAUGGCUCAUCGAGUCCCUGAUACGCGCGGCAAAGUACGACUCCAAGUACCUGGAGCUCGCCAACACCAUGUUCGAGACGGUCACAAACUUCCGCAACCACGUCGGCAUGCUGAGCGAGGAAAUCGCCCUCUCCGGCGAACAACUGGGCAACACGCCGCAGGCCUUCAGCCACUUGGCGUAUGUGUCUGCGGCGAUCAAUUUGGAGCGGGUCACCAGGGGAGAUUUUGAGGGUGGCUUUGGAAAGUAAAGGACCGAAGGCGACAGCAGUCGACCGGGCCAGUGCAUUCUGGGUCUUGCAGGCGUUGUGUCCGUCUCAUGCAGCAGGGAAGAUGAAACAUGGAAAUAAUGGAAGAUCUCCGAGCGCACUGGUUUCGAAAACAGCGCAGGCAAGAGCCAACACGAGUCCUGUGGGCGGAAUAGGGCAUUUGAAGCUAUCCAGAGUAGUCCGAGUGCCGGUCGCAGGCGGUAAGAACCUGGACGCAGGUCAUCAUCUACAAGAAUGGCUACGAGGGAGAAACAGGGACGUCAUGGUGAUCAAAAGAUCCUUUUUCAUUUCUAUCUGGCUCUCAUGGGAUUCGAGGCAUAUCACGAUCGUGUUCCUUCAUCUGGGAACUUGUGCACAUUCAUCAAGCUGAUUUGGCUCCCCUUCUCUGCUCCUUUGGCAGUUUUUACAUCCU